AACCAGUCACCCGCCAGCUCUGUAGGGAAAAGGUUCCGUGGGAUCGAGUGCGCUGGUCUUCUCCAAGACCCUGCUUUACUAUUUAUUGAAUUUACUCACCCACAUAUGAGGAUAUUUGAGAGGUGUGAAGUGAAUAAGUUUGUUGACUUCGGAUUUACUGGACAGAUGAAGCAAAGCACAGCACCAAAAUGGUGCUAUGAUUUCCGCAUUUGAAUCUGAAAAAAAGAAAGAUGAUGAUACUAUGUGCGGAUGGAAGUUCAAGAGAGGAAAUCUGAAAAGUAAAUAAUUAGGAAAAGACAGCGUUGUAACUUUUUCCCGUUAGACACGACAUGAUGCAACUCUAUCAUGCUGUGAAUGUGAGAUACGCAAAACAAUAGCAAACUUCUGACAAACCGUAUAAGCACAUCUUCAAUGAUGAAUCUAAUCAACUGAAAGCGAAAAGCGGACCUAAAAACUAACAGAAAAUGAAUUCCACAAACGUGACGUGGAGUGAGCCGACCACGACAGUGGCCGCUCCUUCCUCCGGGACUUCACUGAAUGACUCCAGCUACGAUGCACUCGACCAGAUGCUGUUCAACCAGACGGUCAACUUCACGUAUCCGCCCGUGAACGCGGGCGUCGGGACGGAGAUCACGGCGCUGGUCGUGUUGAUCGUGGGUGUGGUAGGUAACGUCGUCGUCAUGAUGGUGUUCCUGUGGCGCCCUUGGGGUAGGACGCCUCUCCAAGUGGAUCGAGUUGUGGGGCUUCUGGCGCUGACGGGACUGGCCACCACUCUGACGUCGGUUCCUGUUCAGCUCUAUUCCUUCUCGACAACCGUCUACCCAGCGAGUGAUUCGGUCUGUCAGCUUCAGGGUUUUCUCCUUAACCUUCUCUGUCUCCUGUGCCUAUGGUAUACGACUGUUCUUGCUGUUGAGAGGUACGUCAAAUUCGCAUCGCCCCACGAACAUACCCUGACCUUUUCUCCCUUGAACCUCAACGUCGUCUUGUCGGGAGUCCUAGUGCUGCUUCUCAUUGAAGUGAGUGGGCCUAUUUAUGGAUGGGCUGAGUACGGCUACGUAGAAGACCUCGCGAUGUGUGUGCUCAAUCCACAGUCAACCCAUAUUUUCACCUACACCGUGAUUCAGACAGUGUGCUACGUGAGUUUCCCCGUCUGCAUCACUAUCGUCGCCUGCAUCAGCGUAUUGCACAGGUGUCAGACAGAUCCAGCACCACUCACAAGGGGAUCUCAGGUUCUGAAGUCAGACGUAGGAAUUAGCGUGCUAUGUGGCGCUAUGUUGAUGUCAGUGCUGUUUAUGUUGCCCUAUCACGUGCUGCUCAUGACUCAGUCAGCGGAGGUUGAAGUCCCUGUUUGGUCAAAGGUGUUGUCUUACUGGAUGAAGAUUGUAUCGCUGACCUGUGUUUACCCAUCAGUGCUUCUGCUGGCGAGACCCCGUGAGGUAUGGCCUCCCUUGAUGGCCACCCUACACAACAUGAAGAGGUGUCGGGUGCGCGGGUUCCUGCAAGACAAGGACGGCGACCUUGACCUGUCCAAUAUAGGAGUCGCAGGAGUGGACGAGAGCAUGCGCAAGGCGCGAAGGAUUUCCAAGUCCUCUCACAUGACAGACACGACCAUCCUCUCGGCCUCUCCUUCGCAUUCUGCCAAGGACUCUUGCCCUCCCUCCUCAGUCAGCCGGCUAUAGAGCAGGAGUAGCCGUCGGAUGAAGGGCUACCCAGACGAAAGAAUCAAUGCGAAGCUUGGCUUUGCUGUCAUGUGGUCGUGAAGGAUCUGGGAUGAAAUCUGAGAAGGUGACGACGAUGACAAAAAGUGACCCGCGAAGUGAGGGACAUUCAGACAUUUAUUUUUUCAUGAGUGUGUUCAGUUUAUGGUUUUUCUCAUUAGAGUAUAGUGACCGAAGAAGAUUAACUUUCUCUUUGUUUCUUCCUCUCUCAUUCUCUCUCCCUUUCUGAUUCUUUAUGUCUUUAUUUAAUAACUCUAAUAAGCUUCACGCCACAGUGACCACACAGGUCUCAAGACCUUUAUUCAUCCUCAUCUUGCUUAAUGACAUCAUCAUCAGUAAACCACUUCAAAUUAACAUUUUCCUCAUUCUGUCUUUCAUUUACCUCCCCGACCUUUUCCCAAACGAGGAGAACUGACUCUUAAGCCAGAUUUAUUGCGUGUGUACCUUUCAUUUGCCUGAAAGCUCCUAUUUAAAUGAUCAAAUAAAGGAGUAAUAAAAGAAAACGAAUGAACAUUUACAUAAAAUAAUCUUCCAUUAAUUUUAAUUCCGAUAUUCAGUAUCUCCAAGCAACCAGAGACGAGAUCUGUAAGUUGAUCUGUCUUUUCCAGUUUAUGUGUUAAGCAAAUGCCAAUAAAAGAUUAUGAAAACAGAAGGUUAACUGUAAAAGCAUUUUUCAAAUCUAGUCCAAUUCCCACGUAAGACAUGGAAACGAAAUAAUCCAUUCACGACAUUUUCGACGUAAGACAUGGAAACCAAACAAUCAACUUAUGAACGACUGCUAAACUUUGAUUCCAUCGCCUGGAUCACUCUAUGCCAUUUACAAGUAUAGUUAAAAGGGAAAAUGUUGUGCUACCAUUUAAAAAUUAAGUUGAAAAUUACCUGUUAUGUUACUUAACGACCAUCGGAAAGAACAAAAAUCUUAAGUUCAAAGCCUUCUCGUACCCAUAAACAAAAGCUACAUAACCACACUUCUAUUUGGCGAGAUCUUGCACGCGUAUAUACACACGUACACACACAUAAUACAUAUUAUUUCAUGUUGGCUUUAACGUCAACACACCCGAAUUCACUUUUAUGCUGUCACUGACUUUCUAGUUUAACAUGUAUCCUUUCACCUGUGUCUCAGCCACUUCCAAAGAUAUCGAAUUUCUUUCCAAUUACCAUUUUUAUGCAUUUUAUUAUAUCCAUCACCUUACUACAUAUUAUGCUUUUAGACGAUGAACAAAAGCUGUUGAUAUUCUAUAUAGCAUUAUUUCACUUCCGAGAGAAAGAAAGUUAUCUAGACUGCAAAACUAAGGAUAUGAAAAAAAUGUGUUAGUAUCAAAAUUCGUAACUUAGGUGUAUCAAAUAUGUUCAGACUGACUAAGGAAAAAAUUAAAUAGGAUAUGUGUCUUGUCUCUAAUAAGGAAAUUGUCUGAGGUGGGCAAGACACUGAUUACAAUGAUGAUGAAUAACCACUUUUUAAAAGUAAGUAACACCCCCAAUGCAAGUAAGUUCAAACAAAAUGUGGCUCCUCAUUUAUGUCUCAGUCAGCCUCUUCUUUUACGAUUUUGACAUGACCUGCUUAUAAGUGAACUUUAACUGUGAAAUAAAUGGUAUUUUUACUAUCAGUGUUCCUCUUCAUGUAUGAAAGUGUGUUUGUGUGUUUAUGUGUAUUUGUGUGUACAUGGAAAACUACGUGAGCGCAUGAGAACUGCGCCAUGGAAAAAAUCUUUCAAAUUACGCUGUCUUAGUUAAGGAUUAACUAAUGUGAUUGAACUGAAAAAGUUCUAUAUAUAAGGAGCACUGAAAGGGAGACAUAUCUUGUAUAUACAACUUAUAUGUGUAUGAAUCUUUCUGUUCUUGAA